GAAAUAUUUUCCUAAAAUUAAUGAUUGUUUAAAAGAUACUGCUCGUAAAAGCCCAUUAUAGGGGAACAAUUAUUAAAGAUUUUUCUUGAAUGAUACAUAAAUGUUAAAAGAGGGAGGAUCUCAUAUUCUGAGUCAUGUAUCAAUCUGUGCUCCUCUACAAGUAUAUGGCUAAGGAAAAGGGUUAAUUACACUUUGGUUCCCUCUAAAAUACGAACUUACAUUUUCCUCCCAAAAAAAUCACUCUAAAAAUUUUGACUGUAUAUUUGAAACAAUUAUGGUCAGAUGUUAAUACGUAACACCUUAAAGUAUACACAUCAUGCCUAAUUCCAUCAUUCUAACUAAACAAGCUCUCAAGAAAUUAGGCAUAUGACAUGGGGGCUAAAGGAGAACUCCAUUUGUAAUUUGAAAACAGAGUGUGUAAGUUUUAAAGGCAUGUAUUACCGCAUGUCAUAGUUGAAGACAAAGUGUCUAAAUUAAGGAAAGGAUAACUCCCGUCUGUAAUUUUUUGAAAGGAAAAAAUUUCCAUCUCUUAUUUUAUCAAAAAUAACAACUAAGUUUUCGAAUAACCGUUUCUUAUUCUGUCUGUAAAGGAAAAAUACUUUUUUAUAUAUUAUAUAUAUUUAUUAAGGGGUCAUAUCUUUAAUAAAAUAGCAUAUUCUAUUUUAUGUAAUACAUAAUUAAGUGACAUGAAUUUUAUAUAUAUUGGAAUCACAGUUCAGAUCAACUUUAUUAUUGAGGCCAAUGUUUGUUUUUGGCGUGUGAUGUGGGGUUGUGUAUAUAUAUAGUGCAGGAAGCAAUUAUUUAUGCCCAAGAUGUUACAUAUAUAAAUGGAAGUGGAAAACUAAUACUUCCCAAUUUUUACGUUCAUACUUUGUGGAGGUAGAAGUCAAGGUCAGCUCCAUUACUGUUUCCAUCUUAUCUCUUUGGCGAGUGGAAUUGUGUGGCCCGGGGGGUGGAGUGGAUCGCCACCCAAAAACAAGCAUUGAUCAACUAAAGUUGUAAGCCAAGAUAUCAUCAGAAUCAUGACAAGUUCUAUAACUGUUGAGUGUUUGGUCCUCUUGAUUUUCUUCUACUUUGCAAGCAGUCCAGCAACAUGCUCAAUCAACGAAGCAGAUUUACAUGCACUACUGUCGUUCAAGGAAAACAUCAUGGACCCAAGAGGGGCGUUAGACUCAUGGAGAUACAAUGAAACUGUGAGCUACUGCACCUGGAAAGGCAUUUCAUGCAGUCGCAGACAUAGAAUCAGAGUCGUGUCCAUCGACCUCAACUCUCAGGGCUUGGUGGGAUCCCUUUCUCCUCAUUUAGGUAAUCUUUCCUUCCUCAGAAGCAUUAAUCUCCAAAACAACAGCCUCCAUGGCCCGAUCCCCCAAGAAUUCGGUCGCCUAAGACGACUUGAGUAUAUAGAAUUCAGCAAUAAUUCUUUUGAUGGUGAGAUACCAAGAAAUCUAUCUCAGUGUCAAUAUCUUUACUAUCUUAACUUGAUAGACAACAAGCUCACAGGAAAUGUGCCGUUUGAGCUUAGUUUUUUGUCGAAGCUUGAAGCUCUAGGCUUGGCAAUGAACUAUCUAUCAGGAACUAUUCCAUCAUUCAUGGGCAACUUUACAUUUUUGAGGCAACUUUCUCUUCGCAACUGUGGCUUCCAAGGAAAGAUUCCUGAGUCAUUAGUCCACCUUCACAAUUUGCAAUUCCUUGUCUUAUCAGAAAACAUGUUAACUGGCAGAAUCCCAUCUGGUCUUUACAAUAUCUCCACCAUUCAAGUGUUUUCAGUGAGUUCUAACCACCUCUUGGGAAACAUUCCUUCUGAUAUUGGUUUCUCACUCCCUAAUUUACGGUUUCUUGGUUUUGGGGACAAUAAUUUUACUGGUCUUCUUCCAAUUUCACUAUCGAAUGCUUAUUUUCUUAAAACCAUAGACUUCAACAAAAACAAGUUUACAGGGCCCAUGCCUAAAAAUCUUGACAGGCUUCCGGAUCUACAAUUUUUGUCCAUUUGGUCCAAUAACAUUCAAGAUGACAUUAGUGUAAUUUCAUCUUUGACAAAUUGCACUAACCUCAUAUAUCUUGAUAUGUCCUCUAACUUUUUAACCGGUUCGUUGCCACAGUCCGUUGCCAAUCUCAGUACUCAAUUAAGCUAUAUGUCCAUAGGUAGAAACAUGAUACGUGGAACCAUUCCUUCAGCUAUUGGAAAUCUUAUAGGUCUGAGCAGCUUGUCUCUUGUUUUCAAUCUUUUCAGCGGCCCUAUUCCUUCAUCCAUUGGUGGACUCACGAAGUUGGAAGAAAUCAAUUUGAGUGCUAACAGGUUCACGAACAAGCUACCAUCUUCACUUGGUAACUUAACUCUAUUGAACACUCUAUUUGUGGUCAGAAAUAAUAUUUCAGGAACUAUACCUCCAAGUCUGGGUAAUUGUUCCAAAUUGUUAGUUUUGGAUCUUUCUGAUAACAACCUUAGUGGUCCAAUUCCCAGAGAAAUCAUGAGCACGUCUUAUGUAUUUGGUUACCUUGAUCUAUCCAACAAUAACUUAUCAGGUUCUAUUCCAUCUGAAGUUAGUACGUUGAGAAAUAUUGAAGAGUUAUAUUUGUCAAACAAUAGAUUAUCUGGUCUAGUUCCAAACACUAUAAGCAGCUGCAUAAGCUUGCAGUACCUUCACUUAGAGGGGAACUCAUUUCAUGGUGAAAUACCACAAGGAUUGAGCAAUUUGAAAGGUUUACAAGAAUUGGACCUUUCAAGAAACAAUUUUUCAGGGCUAAUACCGAGUUUCUUGGGAGAUCUAAGCUUGGUGGAGUUGAAUCUUUCCUUUAAUAAACUUCGAGGUCCAGUUCCAGUGGAGGGAGUGUUUCGGAAUGUUAGUGCAGUUUCACUUGAGGAAAACUAUGAGUUAUGUGGAGGCAUUUCAGAGCUGAAACUUCCUCCUUGUCCAUCAGCAAUUCCCAAGAAGAAAAACUCUCACAUCCCAUUCAAAAUCAUAGUUCCUGUUUCAAUUUCUGGAGCCAUAUUCAUUGCUAUCAUAGCAUCCUCAUACAUAUUUAUUCAGUGCAAAACAAAACCAAGAAACGGCAAAUACACCUCACCAUUUGAGAGCCAGUUUCGCAGGCUUUCUUACGGGGACCUUCUGAGAGCCACAAAUGGAUUCUCUGAGGCUAGCAUGGUGGGGUCUGGGAGAUUUGGAUCCGUUUACAAAGGAACUAUCGGCAACGGGAACACAACAGUAGCAGUUAAAGUGCUCAAUCUCCACGUUCGAGGAGCAAACAAAAGUUUUAAGAGAGAAUGCAAUGUGCUAAGAGGCGUGAGACAUAGAAAUCUCUUGAAGAUACUAAGUAUCUCCGUUAGCAUUGACUAUCAGGGCAAUGAUUUUAAGGCGCUGAUUUAUCAAUUCAAGGCUAACGGGAGCUUGGACAAAUGGCUGCACCUGGAUACUGACAGACAAGAUGAGAAUAUGCCGUAUCUUACUCUGAUGCAGAGGCUGAAUAUCGCCAUUGAUGUCGCAUCUGCAGUUGAGUAUUUGCAUAAUGGCACCGGCUCAGCUGUAGUGCAUGGUGAUUUGAAGCCAAGUAACGUACUGUUGGAUGAUGAUAUGACUGCCCAUGUUGGUGAUUUUGGACUGGCCAAAGUGAUAUCCAAUGUUUCAAGCAGCUUCGCAGCGGAUGAAAGCCAUUCAGUUGCAGUAAGGGGUACUAUCGGCUAUAUCGCUCCAGAAUAUGGAAUGGUUGAUAUUGCUUCCACACAAGGAGAUGUAUAUAGUUACGGUAUUCUUUUAUUGGAGUUGUUCACAAACAUAAGCCCGACAAGUGAUGUGCUAAGUGACCACGCAAGUCUUCAAAAUUAUGUAGCCACUAGCUUAGAAUUAAACUGUGUAAUGAAAAUUAUAGAUCCACUUAUCUUGCAAAAGGAAUGUGAGAUGAUCAAUAGUAGUAUUAGGGAUUGUGUGGUUUCUAUACUAAGAAUUGGAGUGGUGUGUUCGAGAGAAUUGCCUCAAGAUCGAAUGGUGAUAGCGGAUGUUGUUAACGAACUCAAACGAAUAAGAAUUGCAUUUCUAGCUUAAGCUGUUGGAUUGAAACUUCAAAAUUAAAAUGUUGUAGGUUCAUGUUUUGUUGUAAGUUCAAAUUGUAGAAAUGUGAAUG